AUGUCGAAUCCGUCGCUUUUAAGGUUGAUUAGCGAGGAUCUGAUUGGUCUAGAUCAACAAAGCAGUCAAGUUAUUAUAGAUCCAUUGCAAUGGGAUUCUUGCGCCAGUCAGAUUGCAACGGUCAUGUCAAAGGGUUAUCGAAUCGCGCUACAUGGGGUUACGAUUCCAAGCCGUCAAGCAGUGAUCGAUGCCUACACUGAUAUCUGUCUCUUUCCUUUAACUGCGACCGAUGUGAGCGUUCUCCGGUUGGUCGAUUGGGGUCGUGAGGUCAACUGGGCGUCCGACAAGAAGGGUCGAUACUUGAAAAAAGGUGGUUAUCUGCGGUCUCUUGGUUAUCGUGACACUCUUUGUGAUUUCUCCUCGCCUGUGUCUAUCCAUUUAUCCGAUUCGUUCCUCUCGGCGUUUUCCUCGAAAGCCUCGGCUUCUAUGACUCCUUCGAAGCGCCCUCAUAGCGCAGAUUCUGAUGUCGAAGUUGUUGAUACUCCCUUAAACUCGUCUAGGACUCCUGCUAUGGUUAGGCGUUCUGAUCGGCUUCAGAAAUCUCCUACUGCUGGUGCGUCAACCGGUCCUUCCUAUAUUUUGUUUGGUUCUAGGAAGGGUCGUCUCUUCGAUCCAAGUAAUACUGGUCAGUCGUCGACGCCUUUUCGCUCAAAGAAGAGUUCUCUUGAUGGCGAUUUCGUGCCCUGGUCGGUCCCUAAGAAUGCUUGGGAUAAUAUUAAAACUCUGGAGAUUAUUCGCAUGGAGCUUCGUCGCUACCUUUACAUUGUUAACAACCGCAUCGAAGCUCUAAAUCCUAGAGAGCCUUCUCCUAAUACGUUUUGGGACACCGUAGCAGAGUCCUAUAAGGAUAUUGAGGUUGGGUUGGAACUGGAUAAGUUAAAAGGUUUGUAG